UCUUCUCUUCCUGGUGUCUAAACAAUUUAUGUUGGGAGCAAAUACUUCGAAGAAAUGACAAUUCCAAGUAAGCAACUGGUGGCUUCGUAGGUACCUCAAGUAAGAUGUCCAGCACUUAGUAAGUGUAUAUACAAAUGCAGGUAGGAGGUAUGCACAUAACCUUCCAUCUAUGUAUCUUGGCGAGUUGAAGCACUUGCGGCUAAAGUAACUUCCUCAGGUACCUGGUACCUCAAGUAGUUGCUACGACAAAUUCUAAAGCCCCUUCCUUCAAAGUUCUUUCCCUCUCCUUAUUUAGAGUUGAGUACUGUAUUGGCAAUCACCAACUCGCUAGCUACCUACAUGUAGGUAGGUAGGUGAAUAUGCAGACAUCUUCACCUUACAUACUGAAUAGUGCCGAUAAACACAACAUCUGCGCAACUAAGACGUGUCAAGAUGCGUUUCCUACAAGCACUUUUCACUGCUAUCGGCCUUAUAGCCUUGGCUAAAACUGCGAAGCAUCACCUUAUCGUCGGAACCUUCAGCACCAACUUCCUUUACACUGUCGAGUAUGACGACGCGGCUGAGACCCUGAAACUUGUCAAGAAUACUACCGCCAACGCAGGUAGCGCCUGGAUCACUCUAAGCCAUGACAAGAAGAACUUGUACGGAACCGACUGGAACGCAGACAAAGCUUCUUUCGUCAGCUACAGCUUGAGAGAUGCAAAGUCUAUUAAGUACGAGACUAGAGUGUUCGGAGACCCCGAAUGCCGAGGCAAGAAAAGCAUCUUCGUCGCUGCUUAUCCCAAAGCACCCUACAGUGUGUAUGGUAAUUAUUUCUACGGUGAUGCGAAGUGCGGUAUGGUCAUGUCGGUACAUGAAAAUGGAACUCUUCACGCCGCACUACAACAGUACGAGUACGCAGACGAUUCUGCUGUAACUGGAACUUCAUUCAGUGCUGAUUCGAAGUACCUCUACUCGGCUGAUGACGGUGGUAACUCCAUCUGGGUCCAUACCGUUGCAGAAGAGGACGGCAGCCUUAACUUCCUCUGGCGAGUUGACAUGCCUGUGAAAGGUGCAGACCCUCGUCAUGUGUUCGCCCACCCGAAAGGGCAAUACGUCUACACCGUCUGGGAGGGAACGAGCGAAGUCGCGCAGCUCAUGACCAGCGACCUCGGCAAACUAUAUGUCCUGCAGCAAACGUAUCCCCUUAUCAAGGACGGUGACAAGGCGUCAGAUUUCUGGGCUCACGAGGUUGCCCUUUCCGCCAAUAACAAGUACCUCUGGGCAAGCAAUGGUGCGUCCAAUCUGAACCAUAAGGGAUACAUUUCAGCUAUCAGUGUCGACAACGAAGGUCUCCUCGGCGACCAGCUCUUCCUCAUCCAUACUACCUCAAGCGGUGGAUCUGCCAAUGCCAUUGCCCCAAGCCCGUUCGACGACGGAAUUGUUGUCACAACUGAUAACUCGACAGGCUUUGUCGAGAUAUGGAAGAUGAAUGAUGACAAAUCUGGGGCAAAUGUGGUAGCUCAUCUAGAUAUUGACGGCGGCGGUGGAUGCUGUGCCAACGCUGUUUGGUACUCGUAGUUUUAUUACGAUGUCUAUGCAGCAUCUCGUUGAUAGAUGUAUCUGAGCAAUACAAAAUGAUUUGCCAUGGAUGUACAUCAUCCUAGGUUAGGUUACUUCUGUG